AAUCUUGCCAGUCACCCGCGUUUCCAUCAACUAACAUGGCCACUCAGACUGCUCCCACCACCAAUGGCGUAGACGCCGGCCAGGCAUACCCUACCUACGACCAGAGCGCCGCUCCUGCCGCUUCGGCUCCACACGAAUCGGCCGCACCUGCCGCAACCGAGCACACUACUGCCUCGAAUGUUGCGCCCACCACCAAUGGCUCUGCUCAGCACUCCGGUGCGUCCGCUGCACCUGCUGCUGCCGCCGCUCCCGCUGCUGCCCCUGAAAUGUCAGCCAGCGAAAAGAAGAAGUAUGAGAAGCUGAUGAAGAAGGAGCAAAAGGACGAGGAAAAGUCAAUGUCGCAUGCUCUGAGUGAUGCCAAGUCGUCUGAAAAGGCUGCUGCCAAGGCCAAGAAGGCCGAGCAGCAAGCGCUCAAGCGCCUGAACAAGUGCACCAAGGAGGAGCACAAGGCAAACAAGAAGUUUGAGCGUGCCCAGACUGCUCACCAAAAGGUCCUUGCUGACAAGGAGCGCCUUACCAAGGAGCUGGAAAUCAAGAAGAACAACACCCAGGCUACUUCCCAGACCUACGAAAAGGCAAAGCUCAACGUCGACUCUACACGAAAGACGAAUGCUUCGCACGCUCAGACCCGUGCUCAGAAGCAGUCCGAGAUGGGCGUGUAAAGCUGAGGAGCUCAGUGACUUAGCAUCCAAGAGUUGACGGCGCAUCGUCUCUCUACAUUGGCACUCACAAAGAUACCGUAAAGGGGGGCUUCGAUGCAGCCGGAACCCUCCUUGACUAUACCCCCAUUCGCAUCGCGCAGG